AUGAAGGUUGCCCUCUUGGGCAAGUACACCAUGAUAGCAUGUGAUCAUGUAAUUAGAAACUAUUUCCCCCACCCCACGAGGAUUCCUGUCUCAUGCAGUGCUUGGGAUGGAUGGUGCUAGGCAAAUGAACUAAGGUCAUGCAGUGAAUGAGGUUGUUUACUGGAUUGGGUUGAAUAUAGUUCCUCAGGGCAAAUACUACAUUGGGUAAGCAGGUUAAUACAUUUUACAAAUACAAAAUUCACUUUUUUAAAAAUAUUUUUUCAAAAUAGCUCAGAUUUUUUAAGAACAAACACACACACUGCAAGUUGUCACAUAUAUCCCAGUACACAUGACUAAAUGUUUGUAAUUAAUGUGCAUGUUUUGUAAAUAUUGAAACAGAUUCUAAUAGAACUCAUGUGACCUCUUCACCUGUCAUUGAAAGAUACUAGCUGAAGGACAGUUCAGUAUAUGGAGCCUAUUCCAAGAAUUUAUACAGCAGACUUCUCUGGAGGGAGAGAAAUCAAAACACAUGUUUUUCAAAAGUGCUGGAAUGACCUGAUUAGCAGAAAUUACAAAUGGUCUGGAAGAGUUAAAAAGGGAUAUAAAGAAACAACUGCUUUCCCUUCAAUUUCCAAGAAGUCCCUGGAAAACACAAAAAGUCAGCACAGUAAUUUGAACAGUCAGACAUCAUCCAAACCCCUUCAAGAAUUGUUCUUCUCCCCGCAGAUUUCAUGUUCCCAGCAAUCUCUGUACAAAGCUGUCGGCUCUAAGUGUGCUGGGCAUCAUUUGGAACAUUGCCUUGCUCGAAGGCUGAAGCAGUCUGUUGGACGUCAGGCAGUACUUGAGGAUGAAAGUCGAGCUGCCUUGGGAAAUACAGAGGCUUUUACUCUGAGGUCCAAAGAAAAAACUGCAGAUCAGGCUAGAAGUCACCAUGCAAAUUCCAGUGCACUUUCAAAUGGAUUUCAACAGAAGGAGAAAACCUGUUUAUCAGAAGAGGAAUUAUUCUUCAAAAGACACAUGACAGCAAUGAAGAGAAGGGUAAAUGUAAAUAUUUGGGUCCUACCAACACUGAGAACGGAUGAAAUACCUCGCUUGAAGAGCCCAAAGAUUAGUGAUGACAAGGGAGACAACAGAGCGAUGACAGACGCAUUGAAAAGUGCUUUGUUAGAAACUGUUGCUUUAGCUGAAAAUGAGCAUUCCAGUCAGGAUAAUGGAGGAGACAGACCUGUCUACAGUGAAUCCUCAACACAAAGUACAGCUCAGAUGGAGCCCCAGUCUGCAAGCAGGGCUGAAAAAACAAAGACUUCUACUCCUUUGUUACUGAGGAGCUGGGAGGUGCCUGCUAAUCUGGGAGAAGAUAAACAACGGGACCCUCCUGAUAGUGACACAGACAGGACUAUAAUUAGGGGACACAUCAAUAUACCACAUUCAGCUGGAAAGAAAGUCUUUAUGGUCUACAUUUGCGGAGGUUAUCAAGUAAGCAAUUGGAAACCAUCCCCAUUCCCACCACAGACACUCCCACACCCUGAGAUUCCUGGACUAUCAUGUAUCACAUCUGGGCUAAUUAUUAUUAUUCACUAUUUAUAUAAUGCCCACACUUUUGCUAGGAAGUCUAGUUUGGGGGAAAGAGUGUAAGACUUGGAAUCAGGAGGUGGUUGUUCUAAAUCUGACUGCCUUUGACUCACUGUUUGGCCUACAGCAAGUUGCUUCAUUUAUUGUCUCAGUUUCCCCAUCUGUAAAGUAAGAAUAAUAAUAUGUACCUACCUGUCUCUCUCCUGGGGUUAAUGUGUUAUUGUUUGUACAGUGCUCUGAACAUAUGAAGUGCUAUGCACAUGUAAAAUGGGAUGGCAGAUGGGAAGACAGGUACCUGCCCUGAAAAACUUGCUAUCUAAAUAUACAUCAUUUAGGGAAAAAAAAAAAGUGUGUGUUAGUGGAAAUGUCAGUCAUCACUAGACUUUUUUUUUUUUACAUUUAAAUAUGAGUUCCAGGACCCUAGCAUGUGAAACGUCAAAUGAGUAUGAACAAGUCAGUCUAUUAACAAAGAAACACACAAUAAAAUUUUCACAUGUCAGCACGAAAAUACUCCCAAUCUGCCAUACCCAACCCAACCCAACCCUUCAGAAAAAGGUCUGGAUACAUUUCCUUUUUCCUAACGGUGUUGAGGUUCCAGUAACUGUGCAUUUGGGCUGUCUAUAUAAAUGGUGUGAAUUCUCCCAUGUCCCUUUAAAAAUACAGCUGUCAAGCAUUCUGCAUUUUGGUAUUUAUAUUAAUACGCUUAAAAGAUGACAUAAAAGAGUUUUUAAAGAUGCUAAUAAUAAAAUGCAUGUAAAGAUGGGAGGGGAAACCAUCCU